AGAGGCAGAGGUGGGGUUGGGGGACGGUGCACCGGAGGAACAAGGUUCGCCGGCGAAGAGAAGAGGCCGAGAUGUGUGGCGGAGCGAUCAUCUCUGACUUCGUGACCGCCGUGGAAGACCUUGAUCUGACGCCUGGCGGCAAUCCCCCUCCCCGUCAUGAUGAGGAGGGCGAGGGCACGAAGACCGGGGCCGCAGGGGGAGGGCAGAGGCGGCGGAAGACGUUGUACAGGGGGAUACGGCGGCGGCCGUGGGGGAAGUGGGCCGCGGAGAUAAGAGACCCGAGGAAGGGGUCGAGAGUGUGGCUGGGUACGUACGGGACGGCGGAGGAGGCGGCGCGGGCGUACGACGUGGCGGCGCGAGAGAUCCGGGGGAGCAAGGCCAAGCUCAACUUCCCGAACCCCAGCGACUACGCCGCAGCAGCAGCAGCCGCAGCCGCGGCGGAACCCCCCACGAAGCGGCGAGCCGCUGUUUGGGCGGAGGAGGAGAGCUCGGCGUCGUGCUCGGCGUCGCUGGAGGAGGGGCUGCGGGAGCGGAUCUCGAGCUUGGAGGCGCUCCUCGGGUUGGAGCACGAGGAGUCAUCGGUGGCUGCGGCGUCGGCGGGGGAGGGAAGUGAGACGAGCAGCGCCGAUCUGUGCGGUGACCUCUGUUUCGUUUGAACGACCCACCGCGAUGGACGGCCGAGAUGAUGGGUGGUCAUUUUGUCGUUCUCCUUUCUCUCUCAUCAAAACGAACCCAUCAAGAGACCAGUGGUUAUGUUAUAAGGUGCUGCGGUAAAUAUCAGUAUCCCACAUGUAUCAUCUAUCUAAUCACUGCUUUGAUUAUCGUGA